UUCCUCCCUCCACCACAUCCCUCUCCCACUUGAAUAUCGUCACUUUUUCAUUCUGAUAGUUUUCAAAGACGCACGCACCUCUCCUAUCCCGUUAUGUUAACUCGUUAAUUAUUUCAAACGAUUUACUUUUUGCUUUAUUUUCCGCUACUUCGCGUGUGUUUAAAAACUUUUAUUUGACAUUUUAUUUCGGUUUUACAACGACCACCCCUUCUCAACCGGCUCGGACCACCCCGGCCGAAGUCUCACACACGCACACGGGAGGUCAAAAAGUGUGUUCGAUACUUCUUCGUCGCCUUAAAAUCAUACAAGCUUCAUAUCUGGUCUCGCAUAUCGCGUUUAUAAACAUAAGACAGUUUGCUCAUCUUCGUUUCAGAUACUAAAAAGUCGUACUCAUAGUGAGUCACACACACACUCGCAUGUACGCACACGCUCAGAUAGCGUUAAAUAAAUUGUGGUUAGCUCAACAAAGCCCGUUUUAAUUUGAAAAAAAAAACCGACAACAACAACAAAUGGGAAAACAAUGGGGUUUUACUGCUAUUACGUAAUUUAUGACAUCAUCAGGAAUUAAUCGUGUCUAAUGUUGCGUAUACGGUCGCACAAACUCUGAUAUGAAUUGUUCCUUUCGUGUUUUUUAACGUCAAUAUAAAUAUAAAUGUACAGAUAAAUUGCAGGAUAGAAGUUAUGGGAAUUGUAUGAAGCAAUAUUUGUUUUUAAAACGAGGUUUAUUCAUAUUUAAUCAAGAUUUAUGUCGUUUGAAUUUCAUUUAUUUGGAAAAUUAAAAAUAUUCACGUGCAAAAUGUGUCGAUUUUAACGUGUUAAUUAAAACAAAGUAUGAAUGUCACAUUCCUGAAGUUGUUUUAAAUGCACUUUCAUCUUGUAAUAUUCUACUACAUGGCCCAAACUAAACUUACUUUUGCAGAAUGUGCUUUAAUCUAUUUUUGAAUUCUGUCACAUGCAAAACGUUUUUUUUAGUUCUGUAUAAAAUUCCGCUGUAAAAGAAUGGCAAAAGUGCUUUGGGAUUUUAGAAUGUUCUUUUUUUUUCUCAAGACGAGGGGAGUAGAGAUUUUUAAAAAAGCAUGUCAAGAUGUGUGUGCAUGUGUGAUGGCGCUGUGCUGUUUUAACCUUUGCCAGUGUCCCCCGAUGUGAGGGGAGACCAGAGUUCAGGGCCCAGGGUGUCCCCUGUGUGUGUGUGUGCGUGUGUGUGUGUGUGUGUGUAAGCGGUGCUCAGGGUUCAGGGCCCAGUGAGAUCCACUUCAAGUUGCCAUUGACCCGACUAGUCGGAACCGCAGGCGGCCCUAGCCAGGCCUUGACACUCUUUUUCUCUUCCUAUUAAGCAUUUAAGUGAGGCUCUUAUCAAUAUUUAACCCCUAUCAGAGUGGCCCCCUGGGGUGGGGGGGGGGAGAGAAUUGGCAAGAGCCAACCCCACUUCGUUCUUUUUUUUUUUUCUUGUGCCCCAGCAAACAAGAAAGUGUUUGUCAUUUGGUUGGGGGUGUUAGCCCAUUCCCUCCCUUCCUCCAUUUGCCUUAAGCAUGACACCGGGCCACAGCUCCGCCAGUGUUCUCCUACGUGGACAGACUGGACCGUGAUGAUUUUUGCCGGACUUCCAUCUGAUGUUGAAUGCGAUUUGGAGCUCCUAAGCCGCCCCUAAAAACACACAAUGGGACACAGAACUUUGCUCCGAGGACCCCCUCUGCAAGGAGUCCGACGCCCACGUCUGCAACAGAUGUUGCGCCGAGUUCUUUGAACUCUACGAGCUGGAGGAGCACCGGAAGAAUUGCACUAAGAAUCAGCUCGUCCUGAUUGUGAAUGAAAGUCCAGCCUCCCCCGCUGGGUCCUUCUCGCCCGGGUCCCCUCCCCUUAAUCCCGACGACCAGAUGAAUGACGGGGAUAAUAACGCAGAUCAGACAGAGUUCGGCGACCUCUCCGAGCCCGCCGCGGCGGAAAAAGACGAGUCCAUGGACGUGGACGUUUCAGGGAUGAGCAGCGGUCAAGAAGAGGAAGGCGGCCAAGUCGAGAGCCCGAGCUACGCGGCGGGCGGCGAGGGCGCCGCCGCCGCCGGGCCCGCCGUCGGCACUUCCGCCAUUUCGGCGCCGCCGCCUCAGCUGGGCAACCUGGCCGAGCUGGGCAACUUCUCGGUGAUCAACAGCAACGUGAUCAUCGAAAACCUGCAGAGCACCAAAGUGGCCGUGGCCCAGUUCUCCCAGGAGGCGCGCACCCCCGGCGGGCCCCGGGUGGCCGUGCCCGCCCUGAUGGAGCAGCUCCUCGCCCUGCAGCAGCAGCAGAUCCACCAGCUGCAGCUCAUCGAGCAGAUCCGUCACCAAAUACUGCGUCUGGCCUCCCGGUCGCCGGAAACGCAGGCGGCGGCGGCGGCGGCGGGCCCCGCGGCGCCCCCCGCAGCCGGCCCCCUGGCCACCCUGAGCUCCCAUCUCUCGCAACAGCUGGCCGCCGCCGCGGGCCUGGCGCAGAAUCUGGCCAGUCAGUCGGCCAGCAUCGGCAGCCUCAAGCAGCUCGCCGCCGCGGCGCAGCUACCUCAGCCCAACCCGGGCGGCGGCGAAACGUCUCGGAGCGUCGCUACCCCGUCGGGCGGCGACCCCCAACCCCCCGAGAAGAGGCCGUGCCACGUCACCCGCGCGCCGCCGGCGACGUCCUCCGCCCCGGCGUUCGCGAUCGGUAGCUUACUGAGCUCGGCGGCCAAUCCCCUUCUACCUCAGCCCCCGCCGGGAAACCCCUUGUUCUCCGGUUCGCUUCCCGGCGUCGGCACCACCACGGCGGAGGAGCUCAACUCUCUGGCGACUCUGGUGCAGCAGCGAAAGGCCAAGGCUCCCAACGCGGCGGCGGCGUUGGAAAGCAAGAGCGUCUCGGAAGAGGCCUUCUUCAAGCAUAAGUGCCGGUUUUGCGGCAAGGUGUUCGGCAGCGACAGCGCCUUGCAGAUCCACCUGCGCUCGCACACCGGCGAGCGGCCGUACAAGUGCAACAUCUGCGGCAACCGCUUCUCCACCCGCGGCAACCUGAAGGUGCACUUCCAGCGGCACAAAGAAAAAUACCCGCACAUCCAGAUGAACCCCUACCCGGUUCCCGAGCAUUUGGACAACAUCCCCACCAGCACCGGCAUCCCCUACGGCAUGUCCAUGCCCCCCGAGAAGCCGGUCAGCAGCUGGCUGGACAGCAAGCCCGUCUUGCCCACUCUGACCUCUUCGGUGGGCAUGCUGCUCCCGCCGAGCGUGCCCAGCCUGUCCCAUUUCAUAAAAAAGGAAGAUCACUCGAUAGCCAUAAGCCACCUGGCGCUUCCUUCCUCCACGAGCGACUCGGGCGCUUCCGAGCCGUCGGCGAAAAGCGGCGGGGCGUCGGAAGAGGGCGAAGGCGCCGCUCUGCCUACCUCAAACGGGAAAAGCGAAGAAGGCGGCCGCCCCCCGGGCGAGUACGCCGCGUCCGACAGCCCGCCCAUGCUGACCAACCCGCUGGCGCCCCUCAUGUCGGAGCGCUUCAAGGCCAAAUUCCCCUUCGGGGGCAUCCUGGAUCCCCUCCACGGCUCGGAGACCUCCAAGCUGCAGCAGCUGGUGGAGAACAUCGACAGGAAGGCGGCGGACCCCAACGAGUGCGUCAUCUGCCGCCGGGUGCUGAGUUGUCAGAGCGCGCUCAAGAUGCACUAUCGCACUCACACCGGCGAGAGACCCUUCAAGUGCAAGAUCUGCGGCCGGGCCUUCACCACCAAGGGCAACCUGAAGACCCACUACAGCGUCCACAGGGCCAUGCCUCCCCUCCGAGUGCAACACUCGUGCCCGAUCUGUCAGAAGAAAUUCACCAACGCCGUGGUGCUCCAGCAGCACAUCCGCAUGCACAUGGGCGGGCAGAUCCCCAACAACCCCUUGCCCGACAACUACCCGGAAUCCAUGGCCUCCGACGCCGGCUCCUUCGACGAGAGAAACUUGGACGACGACCUGGACAACUUCUCGGACGACAACGCCGAGGGGAUGGACGAGGGCCCCGACAGCAGCGUGCCCGACACGCCCCGGUCGGCCGACGCGUCCCACGACAGCCCGUGCGACUCCCCGCUCGCCCUCGACAUGGAGCGGUCGCGCGCUACGGACGCCGAGGAGCUGCGGGAACUCCGAGGGGUGUCCGACGGCUUGACGGAGGGCGACUGCCUCACCAACGACUCCUCGUCUCUCGGCGGCGACGCGGAAAGCCGAAGCGUCGGCAGUCCGGCCGCGUCGGAAUCUACCUCCUCCGCGCAGGCGCAGUCCCCGGCGCGUAUGCCGGCGCAGGCUCGUAAAUCGCCGGGCUUGGAUGAAAGGCGCCUGAAGAUGUUCUCCGUGGAGCAUGCCGCCCUCCUCCACCCUCACCCCUUGGACCUGACAUCCGUCAACCCCCCCAAGGACCCCCUGGGCAUGAUUUUCCCCUUCCGCGAGCGCAGCGUGGCCAAGAAUACGUCUUGCGACAUCUGCGGCAAGACGUUUGCGUGUCAGAGUGCCUUGGACAUCCACUACCGAAGCCAUACCAAAGAGCGACCUUUCAUUUGCACGGCCUGCAACCGGGGAUUCUCCACCAAGGGCAACCUCAAGCAGCACAUGCUCACCCAUCAGAUGCGAGACCUUCCCUCGCAGCUCUUCGAGCCCUCCAACGCCAGCGUGUCCUCCAGCCCCACGCCCUCCCUGCUGUCCGUCGGCUCCCUCGGAAAGCCCGAGGUCAACGGCUUCCUGCACGGCCUCCACGCCGAGCCCAAGGAGCCCUCCGUUUCCGUUUCCGCUGCCGGCAUGGUCACGUCGUCCGCCUCCACCUCGCCGGUGCUGUCGGCCGCGCCGCCCCGCCGGACACCCAAGCAGCAUUUCUGCAACACGUGCGGCAAGUGCUUCUCCUCAUCCAGCGCCCUGCAGAUCCACGAGCGCACGCACACCGGCGAGAAGCCCUUCGCCUGCAGCAUCUGCGGCCGAGCGUUCACCACCAAAGGAAACCUCAAGGUCCACAUGGGCACUCACAUGUGGAACAGCGCCCCCGCCCGACGCGGGCGCCGGCUCUCGGUGGACGGGCCCAUGGCUUUCCUGGGCGCCAACCCCGUCAAGUUCCCGGAGAUCUUCCAGAAGGACCCGGCGGCGGUGUCGCGAGUGGGCGCCGGCGACCCGGCCAGCUUCUGGAACCAGUACGCCGCCGCCUUUUCCAGCGGCCUGGCCAUGAAGGCCAACGAGAUCUCGGUCAUCCAGGGCGGCGGCCUCCCGCCCAUGUCAGGCGCCGGCGUUGGCAAUGGCGGCAGCUCGCCCGUCAGCGGCCUGACAGGCAGCCUGGACAAACUCCACAGCGCCGAACCCAACGCCGCCCUGGCCGGCCUGGAGCGGAUGGCCGGCGCGGAGAACGGCGCCCACUUCAGGUUCACGCGAUUCAUGGAAGACAAUAAAGAAAUCGCCACGAAUUAGACACAGAUAGACAACCAGAACUGUGAAGACAAGUCUGUUGGAAUUUUUUUUUUUUUUGUACAAUGUACAUGUUAUAGUUCCCGGGAGCUUAUUUAUUAGUGGCUAUAACCGUGCUUGAGACGCAGUGGAAGCAUUAUAACAGUUAGGCAAAAUGUGUGUGUGCGUGUGCUUCUUCUAAAGACGACGUGUGAUAGAUACUCUUGACUUUUGGCAUUAAGUUAUUUUUCCGUGUCCCCCUUGUAGUGUUACAUAGCGAUGACGUCUGCCUGUAAGAUGCGAAAAUGCUGUAAAUAAUGUACACUGAUCUUCUUGUAGACUGUCUGACGUUUGUUCACAGAACCUCCACCACAACCCCCCACCCACCCACACAUAUUAUUUAAGGAAGACAAAACAUGGACAUUUGGAUGUUUCUUGCUACUUUUUAUGAUUGUUUACGUCCACCCCACGCUUAAAUAAUUGAAACUGAGACAGCCAAUCAUUCUCUACAGUGCUGCUAACGUGAUGUGUUCAAGCCCCGCCCCCCUCCCUCCAAAAAGAAGGUGAUGUACAUACAUGUCAAGAAGAAGUCCAGCGGACACACAAAAAGGAUGAUGGAUAGUGUUGUUGUUUUUUUUUUAUAAAUAUAAAUAUUAUAUUGGGGUUCGACAAACCUUUCGGACUGUUACAUGCACUUUCUCGGAAAGGUGGAAGAUCUUUAAUGGGUCCAGUUUCGCUACACUUUAAUACCUACUAACAAAAACUCUAAGAUACUGUAAAUCUUUACUCGAAUAAUAAUCAAAUACAUCAGUUUUCCAAAAGAA